AAAGUAGAUCCCCUCGUGCUUUCAUUUAUUCAAGAAAUACAAAAUCCCCUUUUCUUUUUUUUUUUCUUUCUUUUUUGUUUCUUCUUUCUAUAAAAUAUAUAAUCAAAAAAGAUAAAAUGGGAGCUCAAGCAGUCGAUUAUCGAGUGUCAACACUGAUUGUGCUAUGUAAAGAUUGUGGACAAGACGUUGGAUUAUACCCAGCUCGUCAUAAAUGUGGUCCGAUUGAAAGACCUGCUAUGCCUACAUUACCAAGCCAAUAUCAAAAAUCACCACCACCUUUACAAUUGAACGCAAGAACUAUUUCUUCAGGCUCUGCGUCCUCCACUACCUCGUCUUCCACUAGUCCCAGCUUUAGCUCGGUGGAACAGACACCUUCCAAAUGGUCAUCCCGAUUAGCGAAAUCUUCCGCUCAUCCAGACCACGCUGAAACAGAAGAGUCUAUUUAUUUCAAUAACUUUGCCUCCAAUUUACCUGAGGACCAGCCUGCCACCGGUAAAAAACUAUGGGGAAAGGUCAAGCAGAAUGAAAAAUGGAAACAGCUGGGUGAAAAAAAUGAGAAACCUAAACAAUCCGGUAAAUUAUGGGGAAAAUUAAUGCAAGCUACACAAACUAUGGCUGAUAAAAUUCCAAGCCGUGAUGAUCGUGGUGCAGAUUCUGAUGAAGAUGAUUGGGAAGGAGAAACUCACGUGUCCAGAAUUCUUCGGGAAUAUUACGAAAAGAAACGUUUGCGCUUACCAGAAUGGUUAUUUGAUGGUGAUACACCUAGAGUGGCCAGAAAAAAGUCAGUUGUUCAACACCAAGAUCUAUAUGCAGAUAGCAAUGGACCUGUAAGAACUCCUUCAAGAAGAAGAUUAUGGGAACAAAACCCUUCCGACCCUAAAAAUAUAUCAAGCAGAGAAAGAGAACGACAAGAAUUGAGACAAGCACAACCUCCUCCUCCUCCUGUACCUUCCAAUGCAAGAAACGAUCGUUAUCACGAGGAGGAAGAUCGUUAUCAAAGAGAUAACAACUAUAGAGAUGCAAGAUCAUCAAACCGUUACCAAGAGCCACAAGUUGACAACUAUCAACGUCCCUAUGACGACCAACCAAAGAGUCCAAACAGACGUUAUUACAACGAUCAACCGCCACCACCAUCUUCCACAGCAGCGCCUAGAAGCGAGCGAAGUGCUAGGGGAUAUCUACAACGUGAUCCACCACCACAAAGAGUAACUGCUGCUCAUCAUCAGCAAUACGACCGAGAAAAUGAUUUGGAUGAUUAUUAUUAUAAUAACGACAGUGCAAGAGAUCGACAUCCUCCUCCUAGAAGAGAACCUUCACUAAGAACUGGUGGUCGUCGAUAUGGCAAUGAUCCUAGUUACUUUUAAACUCAAUGUACGUUCCCCCGCCCUUUUUUUUUUUUUCUUUCAGCUAUAUUCCCCCCCCCCCUUCUUCUUCUUUUUUUACUGUGUGUAAUAACCUCCCUAUUUCUUAAUGCAAAACCUAUCCUCUUUUAUUGAAAAUCUAAAUUUUAUUACUCUCUAAAAAAUGUACUAUAUAUUUAUAUUGGCUCCCUUUAUUAUUAAUAAAUUAUCAUAAUCUCCAUUUA